AGUAAAUCCCGCGAUGAUUUCAUUCUCGCGUGGAGGACGGGAUUCGUUGGUGGGGAGGAUUUGCAAAUGGAGGUCGCGCAAAGAGCUUAGAUUUUGAACAACAAAAGGUACAUUUACACCAUGUCAGAUUCUCUGUAUGAGAAGUUUCUGGCCCCAGAGGAGUAUGAGAAGUUUCUGGCCCCAGAAGAUCCUUUCCCCCUCCUCUCCCAAAGAGCCAACCUCAGCGAUGUGGGGACCCUGGACGUGAGUGAUUUCAGCUGUCAGCUUUCAUCCUGUCACAGGACAGACCCACUACGCCGCUUCCACGGCAACAGGUGGAAUCUCACUUCCUGCGGCACAAGCGUGGCCAGCUCGGAGUGCAGCGAGGAGCUCUUCUCAUCGGUGUCUGUCGGCGACCAGGACGACUGCUACUCCCUGUUAGACGACCAAGAGCUGGCGUCCCUGGAUCUAUUUCCCGAGGGCAGUGUUUGCAGUGACGUCUCUUCCUCCAUCAGCACCUAUUGGGACUGGUCUGAUAGCGAGUUUGAUUGGCAGCUGCCGGGGAGUGACAUCACUAGCAACAGCGAUGUCUUGUCCGACAUCAUCCCGAGUAUUCCCAAUUCACCUUGCUUGGUUCCCAAGAGGAAGCCGAAGCCCCACCCGCACCGGAACCUGGAUGAGCUGCCAUGGAGCGCCAUGACCAAUGAUGAACAAGUGGAAUACAUCGAGUACCUGAGUCGUAAGGUCAGCACAGAGAUGGGCCUGCGAGAGCAACUGGACAUCAUCAAGAUCAUCGACCCCUGUGCUCAAAUCUCCCCCACGGACAGCGAGUUCAUCAUCGAGCUCAACUGUCUGACUGAUGAGAAACUCAAGCAGGUACGUAACUACAUCAGAGAGCAUGGCCCAAGGCAGAGGGCCAGCAGCACCAGGGAGAGUUGGAAGAGGAGCAGCCACAGCAGCGCCAGCGCAGGUGGCGUCAGCGGCGCCAGCAGCAGUAAUGCCAGCAUGGUCAGCUCGACCAGCUCUUCCACCAAUUCCACCGCCUCCAACUCUGUCGCAGGGGGGACCGCUUCAGCAUGCAGCGGAAGCAGCGCCACUAACAUAAGCCGAGCCCACAGCGACGGCAAUCUUUCUAGCGCUGCAGAACGGAUCAGAGACUCUAAAAAACGUUCGAAGCAACGCAAGCUCCAGCAGAAGGCCCUGCGCAAGCGUCAGCUAAAGGAGCAGCGGCAGGCCCGCAAGGAGCGCCUGAGCGGUCUGUUCCUCAACGAGGAGGUGCUGUCACUGCGGGUGACCGAGGAGGACAACCACGGUGAUGACCUGGACAUACUCAUGUGACACCAGUGAAGGAAUCAGUGCUGCCUCUAAUGCCCGCUCUUGCCACCGCAUGCUUAGUUCAGGCACCACCGUUUGAUUUGCAGUUGUGGAGAGCUUCUAGUAGCUAACGUGAUCACUUUGACACUUAGGCUUUGACCACUCCUUACUAAAGCACCCACAAAACAUUUUGGAUAUUGGGAUUACCAAAGAUUUAUCAGGGUGAUACUAAAACCUUCACUUAACAUUCCGAAGCAAAAUUCACAGCAGGUGUUUGAUCCACGUAUUGACCGAUAAAUUGUUUUGAAUUUUGCUGUUCAGCCCCAUGCUCCAGUACACCAAAUUCUGCAGUGAGGAUGUUCCGUACUACCAACUACGCCAACUACUGUCAAGCAGGACUUAUUUGGUGUAAUAUAUAUUGGUUUGCCUUAAGUAUCGGUAGCUUCCACAAGGACUCGUUAUUCCAAAAUGAGGCCUGGUUUUGGUAAUCCACCUUUCCCUACGAAAAAGUACAGUUGGACAUUAAGAGAUGCUCAAAUAAAAGUCACUGGUAAAUAUUAUCGUUAUUUUAGGUUCAUUCUGAAGUUUCACCCCAACAGCUCAACAUUACUACAUUGUUGUGAGUAAUGUACCGUAUAUUUAAUAUUGACUACUGUGGUAGUCUUAAAGCUUGGACAUUAUAGAAGAAAAAUUUAGCUGCGCUAAACUAUCUUGCUGCUAACUAGGACUUCAGGCAGAAGAACUGAAGGUGAACUGCGCUGUCCUUCUCACUUGCGGUUCCAUUACACUGUCGAGGCUUUAGAGGGAGCACUGAAACACACUGCAUGUUAAAGCCGGCACCUCCUCAAUAUGAGUCAGUAAACUUCAGCUUUGUUCCUUUUCCAACCCAGCCGUUAACCAAAUGUACAUGCGCUGUAUAUAACUGCAUAGCUUAGCGCCAGCGGUAAAGGUUUAAUUAAAUGUUUCCCACCUUUCUUUGUAUGUAUUUCUGCCAUUAUCGAAAUGUAUCAAUAUUUUAAUAACAUCUAAACUCCUUUUGUGUUCGUUUGGUUGGUUUAAUCCUAUUUUUCCCCUGAUAGCACUCAGAAUGUAAUUCAGCCAUGCACAGAUGAAUGAAAGACUUGACAGUCCAGCUGGAAAUCUUACGGCAGGUCGUGGUUAUGUACUGUACAGUGCCGCCAUGGUUUCUGAAUUUUAACAUCAAACUAAUAACACCUUUGAAUGAUGUUUGAUGGCAUUUUAAGUGACAGCCGGUUUGUGCUCUCCAUCUUUACUGUGAUGCGUUGAACCACUCGAACCACAGCCUUGAAAUUUGGUCAUGUACUCUAGCUGUGGCGCUCAUUUCUCCGGUAUUGUUUUUUAAUUGCAGCAAUUCUUUUCAAAGCAGUUCUAUGUAUUCUGAUGUGUUAAGUAGUCAAAUUCUAUUUUGGGAAGAAAAAAAAAAAGAUAAUUUUGAAAAAUAAAAAGUAACAGUGCAAUCAAAUGAAAUUCUGUAAAUAAUGUUUGCUGAUUAUAACAUUAAAAUGAUUGAAAACG